AGACCCGUUAAGACCUAAUGAAUUCCUUCAUGGCUGAUAAUUGAAACAAACUUUUUUUCUAUUAGAGUUUUUCCCACUAACAAGUUAAAAACGUUUACGUCUCUUCAACUUUUUAUUCCGACCAAUGAUUAUGGGGAAGAACUUUGUAGUCGGUUUGAAACCAGAUCACCAACUCUUUUAAAUCCUUAAUUCCUAGAAGCAUGAGAAUAAUUCAACAAUUGUUUUUACUUUACCUUCUAACAUGCUUAUGUAUGUCACUGUCCACCCAAUCAUUAAAAACACUGGCUGCUAGCUCGACAUGCAAGUUCAAAAAAUAUCUUGACUAUAAGCCCUCUAGCGGAGCAGAGUGUGAGUCAGCCGUGAUCGAAUUUCUGGAUCAGGUGGAGAAAUGCAGCUUCAGUUCGGAUGUUGCCACAGCAAACUUAUCUUGGCAGAUUCAGCGUAAUUACACGGAAGAGGCGAGCUCGCAGCUGGAUGAGGUGGACUCUAAAAUACAUGAUAGUAGAAUAGAGAAGUUCAAAGCAGCACACAAUCUGAGGACAGUCUGUGCAGGCAGUGGAUCUCAACUGGACAAUGAGACACUGAGAUUGCUGAGACGUGUUGCUUCUAUCCAAAGGAAAGCUCGGCAUCUGGUGAACUAGAGAACACAAUCAAAGGCAUCUACAACUUCGGCAAAGUGUGUAACAAAACAGAUGCUAAACCAAACAGGACUUGCUACAGAAUCGAACCUGACUUAUCGACGCGAAUCAUCCACGAACGAAACAUCACCAACUCAAAAUGGCUUUAUGAGCAGUACCGAAAGGAAUUAAUCCCCAAAAUAAAACCGUUUUGGACUCAAUAUAGAGCGAUUCAAAACAAAUGGGCCCAAAAAUGGGGUAUGGAAAUCGCGGUUGAUAAUUGGGUCAGAAAAUAUGAGAUGUCGUUGGAUGAUUAUCAGAAGGAGUGGGACCACAUCUUGUCAAAAAUUGGCCCACUUUACAAGAAAAUGCAUUCCUAUUUGAGACAUAAGUUAGGACAAUUCUAUGGGUUUGAGAAUGUCGACCCAAAAGGACCAAUUCCAGCUCACCUCACUGGAAAUUUGUGGAGCCAAAAAUUUGAUGUGGCUGAUAUCGUCGAGCCCUAUCCAAGCUUGCCCACUGUGGAAACAACGCCCGCUUUGAAAAGAACGUUUGGCGAUAAUAUAACUGCACUUCUAGAGCAUUGUAUUAACUUCUACAAAGAUCUCGGUUUCGACGAGUUGCCGAAGUCGUUCUGGGAGAGGUCCGAGUAUGUGGAGCCGAAACCUCCCGCUAAAGCUGAUUGUCAUGCUUCGGCUCAUUCCCUUCCCAACGAUGACCUACGACUUUCGAUGUGUGGUAAAGUUGACUCGGAUACUUACAAGACGUUCAUACACGAAAUGGGUCACAUUUAUUACUACCACUACUACAAAAAUCAGAGGUACUUGAACAAGGAAGGCGCCAACCCAGGGUUCCAUGAAGCUAUUGGAGACACAUUUCAGUUCCUUGGAGUGGGCAUGCCAGAAUUGAUAAAACACGGAUGGAUCGCUAAAGAAGUGGCAGAAAAUGAAGAAACGUUGCAUAAGUUAGAAAUUUCGAAACUGAUUCAAACGGCUUGUGAUGAGCUAAUGUUCAUCCCAAAUGGUAUUUUAUACGACCAAUGGAUGGUUGAUUAUGAUCGGAAAAAGAUUCCUCGGAACAAACUGAACGCGCAUUGGUGGUCGUUAACCUUGAAACUGCAAGGAAUUACAACCCCGGACGGAAAACCUAGAGGCGAGGAAUAUUUUGACGUCGCUGCAAAAUAUCACGUAGCUAACUUCUACGAAAACUAUUCGCGGUAUACUCUGGCGAAAGUCUACAAAUUCCAAUUUCUCAAAUCGAUGUGCGAGGAUCAAUUUCAAAGAGGAAUUCCGUUGCAUAAUUGCAACAUUUCCGGGAACAAAACAGCCACUGCGAAGUUUCGAGAAAUGCUUAGCAUGGGAUCUUCAAAGCCAUGGCCGGAGGCAAUGCAAAAAGCUACGGGGCAACCUACUUUGAGUGUUCAGCCGUUGUUAGACUAUUUCGCACCUCUGGAAAAGUUCCUGGACAAGUACAUCAGUAAUAAUUCACUUCAUCUUGGAUGGUGACAGUCAUAAAUACAAUCAAAUCGGAAAAGAAAAAAAAUUAUGGACUUAAAUGAAGUACUUACUUUACUGCAAUGUAAUGCAACUACAUUAGAUAGAAUUAAACUAAAUACUAAAACAAAUUAAACUACUGGCAUUGAUUUAUUUACUCUUCUUACCUGUAGAUUGUAUAAUGGGCAGUAUUAGGUCCGGCUCCAGUAGAUAAAUUCGGAAUUUUCAUGCUCGAAGUGUUGUUUUCU